UUUGUCUUAAAACCACAGGAGGAACAGGUUUACUUUUGACUUCUGCAUAUCAAAAAGUCCUUGUUGUCGUCAUUGUAUCAACUUUUUACAUUUCUUUCCAAUGUGUGUAAUUCUUUGCAAGAAGUUUGUGAACGCAUUGCUGUACAUGAGACAAAAAAUUGUAUGCAAUGUACAUAUUACAUUAAUAAUUACUCAACAAAUUUACACUUGUUUAUAGGUACCGAUUAUGUAUGCAUGCAUGUAGUAAUUUGGGAUUUCACUAAUUCGCAUAAAUAGGAAAAUAUGCCUCAAUCUUCCAGCAUUUUCUUGAUAACCUUCAGAUAGAUAGGAUAAAGUGAUAGAAUUUUUGUUUACAAGACUCCUUUUGUACUUACUUAUACAUACAUAUGGUCCACAAUAAUGUCGGCUUCGAGAAUUCACUUUAUAAUUAUUUGCAUGACACUUUGCCCCGUGUCUUAUGCAGCAUCAAAAAUUAGGGAAAAUACUGUGAGAAAAUUUUUCAUAAGACUUCAACCCGAACUUGACGUUAUCGAUAUCGACUCCUUCGUGAAGAAGGACCAUGUGCUAAAGUUUCAAUUGAAGUGCUUGUUAAACAACGACACUUUUUGUGAUCCCGUGGGACGAUGGCUGGCACCUAGACUUCCAUUCAUCCUUCUCGACAAAAAAUGUCCAAAAUGCACGAUAAUUCAAGAAUCCAAAAUAGCUGAUGCAUUGAAUUACGUUCGUAUUAGCAAGCCAGAGAUUUUCCAAGCUUUGUGGAACAGGUACAUACAAGAAGACGAGGACGACGAUGUGAAACAACAACAGGAGAAGCCACUUGACACAAAAUUGGACAAAAACGCCGAGGUCAAAAAGAAUGAGACAAUUAAAAAUACUUAAUACUAAAUAUGAAGGCAGUCCGCUCUGUUGGCUAAAACUGCACGAUCAUAACUUCAUCUCAUCAUCUAAAGGGAAUCGUUGGAUAGUGUUAUAUCAAAGUAUAAUUCAUUUAGCUAAAUAAUAAACUAUGCGCAAUUGAUCUUCCAUUAUUUUUAGUUUGAAUAAUAGACAAGUCGUAUUACGUUUAGAAAAUUCGAGGUAAAAUAAUUACGAGGAAAACUCGACAUGUUACUUAUGGGUACAUAUAAAUGAGACAUCGUUCUGUCAGUAUUAUUAUGCACAAAGAUUUAACUUUUAUGUAAAAUGAAAUAAAAAUAUUUCCUGAUAUCUAAUUGACGUCACUUACUUGGUUUUUUACUUCGAAUUCAUAGCUGAGCUACAUAUUUAUAUUCAUCUCAACUCAAUGUUGUUACUGAAAUUCCCGAAACCACAAACUUGAAUGACCGCAAAAUUAGGCAGUUAUAAAUAGAUCGUUCAACAAGGAUUCGUCCCAUUGAAGAAUGUCAUGAAUUACGUGUUGUUGUGUUUAGACUAGGUUAAGUUUUGAGGUAAUCAAAUAAAGUACAGAUAUUUAUGAAAUCAUAGAAAUCGAAAUCUACUGAGAAAAAACACUCCUCAAUUUCUUGGUAAAUAUCAAGGUCCUGAAUUUUACUUAUAUUAGUAAUCCGCAUGCAUAAUGUUAAAUUGAACAUUUAUUCACUUAAUGGGAGAGAAAGAGUAUAGACCAGGAAUUGAGACCAGCAGGAAACAGACCAACUAAUAAAAUACCUACUUUGAAAUUAUUUCAAUAAUGGGACGCAAUAAUAAUAUCAGUACUAACGUUAUACGAGUUAUUCCUAUCGUAUGGGUACUAUUUCUCGGAGUAUUAGUCGACGGAAACUAUAUUACUCUCUACGAGCAUGAAUAUCUGCAAGGCGAAUCUCAUCCCAUAAUCUCUCCCGGCGACUGUGUAAAUGUUCCACAUCAUUUCAACGACAAGGCAUCUUCUGUAAACACCCACAACAGUUGCAUGACCGUUUAUGAGCAUCGAGAUUGCAAAGGUCAACAUUUCAACAUGCGACCGGGGUCCCCAUCUCACGGAAAUUUGGGAAAUUUAAAAUUUAAUGACAAAAUAAGUUCGGUACGAGUAUGUUAGAUAUACAAUUGCGCUCAUGUAUAAUAUAUAAUUUAUAAGGCGUGCCAUAUUUUGACGAAAUAAAUGCUUAUGUACAUAUGCAAGAGAGUUGAAUAUAAUAUGAGUACUAUAAUAAGGGUACUUGCCGAAACUGUAAAUUAAGGCAAUAAAUACGUAAAUAACGGAUUAUUUAAGAAGCUCAUGAAACGGGAAAUUUAGCACUUUUUGGGUAGAACUUUUACAUAUUUUCACUAGCAGACUCUAAAGGAUCCUGUAAGAACAUCACACAAAAUGAGUACAAAACGAAGAACACCGAGUAUUUCGCAAUUACGAAUUUGUGCAAACCCAUACUUAUUUGUAUCAGGAAUCAGUUUAGUAUCUUGGAUUGCAGUAAUUUUUAUUCCUACGCACACCAUGACUAAAUCAAUAAGUAACGAUUUAAAUUCUACGAUCAUCCAGAUUAUUGUCACAUCACAUUCAUUUUCACACAAAGCUAAUGACGAUUCCACAAAAGAUGAAAUGGUGACCCACAUCAACUGUUACCGAGCCUGUCAUUCUGCCCCUGCGUUGACACGAGAUGCGCAGAUUGAAUCGAGCCAAACUGAUGGUUACGCCCAACAGUUGGGAGCAUCAGGAAGUCUCCAACACUCACAGUCAAAGUACGGCGAAAAUUUGUAUGCCGGACCACGUCCGUCCGACGCCGUUGACAUGUGGUACUUUGAAUGUAAUGGAAAUUACAACUAUGGAAGCAACAGUAAUUCAAUGUCAUGUGGCCACUUUACACAACUUGUUUGGAAGGGAUCUCUCAGAAUUGGACUUGGUAUUGCAAAAAUGGCUCAAUACGGGUUUGUUGUAGUUGCCAAUUUCGAUCCUCCUGGAAAUUAUUUAGGGAAUUUUGCGAACAAUGUAGCAAAGCCUGAUUCUGCAUGUGUGUCGUCUUGUAAGUCAAGUGGAGGAGGGAGUUCAGGGAUGGGAAAUGGUGGGGCGUCGAACGGUGGGGGGAACAAUGACACAAAUAACGGUGGUAUGGGUGGAAGUGGAGGCAACGAUGGCGACAACAGCUCCUCUGGAAGUUGGGGUGGGUCUCACCACAAUUCCACAAACAAUGACAAUAAUGGGAUGGAUGAUGACGGCUGGACCUGGUGGGGAUCCGGUUCUGGUGGAAAUAAUAAUAAUAAUGGAUCAACAAAUGGCAACAAUCAUCAGAACUCGACAAACUGGUGGGGAAAUGGUAACAAUAAUGAUGGCGGAACUAAUUGUGGUCACAACGACAACUGUUCUUGGGGGAAUGAUUGGUUGGGAAAUGGAAAUUGGGAAGAAGACCAAGAAUCAUAAUUAUAUUACUACCUAAAUUGUAACAAGUUACUUUUCAACCAAAAGCAUGAAAAUGUUAGAAUAAAUAUGAAACCCUUUCGUGUAUACGUAAAUACGUCCUUAUUUGUUUAAUGACUAUUUCUGAAUCUGACUGAACUGAAGGGUAAACACUGGUAAUCUAUAUUGACUGAGGAGUUACUGAUAAGGUGUAAAUAUACAUAUGUAAGUUCUCCAGUGCUUCAUUUUCUGCAGUGGUCAAAACACACUGUCACGACUGAUUUUAACUAUUGUACGAUUGUACUUUUCAAGGUGUAUCAACAAGAAAUAUAAAAUGUUUGGCUUUACAAUAAAUCAUAAUUUCUAAGACAAGUUGAAUUUUAUUGAAGUUAAUGUAAACUAUUUUAAUUAAUUGGAUUUUAAUUUGCGAUCAAGAAUGGCUUGGAGUGAAACUAUCCAAACGUGGAUGAGAGUAAUGUGCUCGGUUUUAGGAUUGUCAUUCAUUGUGUGUUCUAUCCUUCUCAUCUACGUCGGAGCUUUGGUGGACAAUGCAGUUUUCCAGUAUGGAACGUUCAUUAUAUCGGAAGAUUUUUCAAACUCGUCUCGUGCAGCAAUUCUCAUAGGUGUGUUCAUGCUUGGAAUCCUUUGGCUGCAAAUCACUGGAGCCAUUCGGGAGUGGGCUUUUCUUAUGUUUCUGAACUCUGCCUUGUUGGGAUACCUGAUGGUGCUUGGUGUCGUGCUAAUGCACUCCAUUCAAAACGAUGAACAACGCCUAAACUCACAAUUGUACUACGGCCUCUUAAGCUCUUUAAAACGCUAUGGAGAAAAUUCAGAGAUGGGUGCAGCAUUUAGGAUAGGAUGGAGUCAUGUUCAGCGAUCGAAAAAUUGUUGUGGGACAAAUAACUACACAGACUGGGAGGACGUGCGCAUGAUAACCUAUGACCCACAAGUCCCCAUUUCCUGCUGCAAGCAUAAAAUUUCAUUUUGUUCGGAUAAUGUCACAUUUUUCAAUUCAACUGAAGAUUCUGAAUUCAUUCAUACUCAGGGGUGCUAUUCUGAAGUAAGACAAGACAUUCCCCUUGAUCGUCUUCUGCUAGUGAUAUUUCCGUUUGAAGUCAUUGGAAUUUUAUCAGUCAUAAUGUCAGCCUACCUUUCUUGGAAAUGGAGGGGAAGAGGAAGGGAAAAUAGAAUGCGCAUUAUACGAAAUCCAACUGGUCAUCAAAAUUUGAUCGAAGAAGACUCAACUUCACAAAAUUAAUUCGCAAAUAAUUAUGCGUUGGGAUAUGUUAAAAAAUCCAAAAAGAGAUUUAUGAAUAUGUAAUAGCACUGUUUCUCGAGUUGUGCUUAUACUAUUCUCCUAUUUGAGAAGAUCUACCAAUAUUACUCAAUCUCCAUUAAGUCUAUACCUCGAUUUUAUAUGAAAUAUGUACAUAUUUACCUCCUCGCCCAACACGAAUAUGACGACAGAAGAGUUUCAUUUGUUAAUUUUCAUCAUGUGAUAUUUUUAUUUACAUUUUUAUGGGCUUUGAAAAAUAUAUUACUUACUACACAUA